AUGGAUUCUACUUCUACAAAACUUAAUAUUUGUCAUUGCGGCAAAAAUAUGAGAAGCUUAAAUUCACAUAAUUAUAGGCUGCACGUUAAAUCAUGCAAGCAACACAAAUUGUCUGAGACUAGUGUCAAAAUCAGUACCUUUUUUAAGGUGAAAACUGUGAAAUAUGCAACUAAUGUGACUGAUGAAACUGUACUCGAUGAACAUGAUUGUUCUUCAAUGAAUAUUAAAACAGCUAACGAUGUAGAAGCUAUAACAUUAAUACCAUCAAGUUCAACUUUGGAUACACCUAAUGUGAUUGAAGACACUGUACUGGAUGAACACGAUUGUUCCUUAAUGGAUCAAAAUAUUGAAACAGCUAAUGAUGUAGAAGCUUUAACAUUAAUACCACCUAGUUCAUCUUUGGAUACACCUAAUGUGAUUGAUGACACUGUACUGGAUGAACACAAUUGUUCCUCAAUGGAUCAGCAUAUUGAAACAGCUAAUGAUGUAGAAGCUAUAACAUUUAUACCAUCUAGUUCAACUUUGGAUACACCUAAUGUGAUUGAUGACACUGUACUGGAUGUACACGAUUGUUCCUCAAUGGAUCAAAAUAUUGAAACAGCUAAUGAUGUAGAAGCUUUAACAUUAAUACCACCUAGUUCAUCUUUGGAUACACCUAAUGUGAUUGAUGACACUGUAUUGGAUGAACAUGAUUGUUCCUCAAUGGAUCAAAAUAUUGAAACAGCCAACAAAACUUUAUCAUUAAUAUCAUCUGGUUCAUCUUCCGAUAACAGACUGACAAAUGAUCCUGGAAUAAUUGUCAAAAUGAAAAACUUAGGACCAGAAAUGAAGAAGUUGAUUAUAAACAUAGGUCCUUGUCAACCAACUAAAGAUGAUUUUCCUGCUAAAACUUUUCCAAUCGAUAGAAAUGGCCGUAGUUUCAAAGAUUUGUGGUAUUUUCGUUUAUUAACCGACGGAACUAAAGUACUUAGAGACUGGUUAACAUAUUCAGUAAGUCUUGAUAAAGUUUAUUGUUUACACUGCUUUUUGUUUGGAAUAAAUUUACAUGAUAAAUUGGCCAAAUCUUGGACCCAGGCUGGCUUUUCUACUUGGAAAAAUGGAAUUUUUGCAAUACAAAAUCAUGAAUGUGCUCCCGAUCAUAUUUUAUCAUCCUUAAAAUUUAAACUUAGAGAAACCAAUGCUCCAAUUUUACCAGCUCUAGAACACACAAGAAAAUUUCAAGUUGCUUAUAACAGACAAGUGGUUUUAGAGCUAAUAGAGAUAGUACAUUUUCUUGCUCUCCAUAAUUUGGCAUUCCGAGGUCAUCGUGAACAAUGGGCAAAUACUAUUAAAGGCAACUUCAAAGAUUUAGUUAUUUUAAUGGCAAAAAAUUCCACUGUCCUCUUUGAACAUAUUUCAAAAAUUAAAAAUGCAGGUAAACAUCAAAUAUCGUUUUUAUCAUGGCAAAGACAAAAUCAAUUAUUAGAAGCUAUAGCUGAAAAUAUUUCUACUAAAAUUGUUUAUGAGGUUCAAACUACUCACAUGUUUAGUAUAUCUAUUGAUUCAACUUUUGACGAAUCUAAAAGAGAACAAGUGUCUUUUGUAAUACGAUACAUAGAUGAAGAAAAUGGAGCCGUAAAAGAAAGAUUGCUUGCUCUAAAAGAAUCACCUUAUACUACAGGAAAAGUAUUAUUUGAUUUAUUUAAAGAUGUAAUGGAGACUAAUAAUCUUAACUGGAAUAAUAAAUUAAUUGGCCAGUCGUACGAUGGUGCCAGUAAUAUGAGGGGCAACUAUAAAGGUCUUCAAGCACGCAUUACAAAUGACUGCCCUCAUGCAUUGUUCAUUUGGUGCCACGCGCAUAGAUUGAACCUUGUUGUGAAGCAAGCAGUUUCAUGUAAUAUUGAUGCAGUUGAUAUGUUUGGAAGCUUGGAAACAUUAUACGCUUUUGUAUGGACUUCAAAAAAGAGAGUUGCUAUAUUUCGGAAUAAUCAGUCAAAAAGAAAUUAUGGAACACAAUUACAUGCAAUAAAAAGAGUAAGCACUACUAGGUGGAUGUCCCAUGCAGCAGCUCUUGAUACAGUAUUGUCAUUUUUUGAAACUAUUAUUGACACAUUGAUUAACAUUCGUGAUUUAGAAGGUCCCAGUGAUUCAAAAACUGGAUCGACUGCAAGUGGCUUAAUUUUAUACUUUUUAUCCUACAAAUUUUUAAUAACUGCAUUUACAUUUAAGGAAUUAUUUGAUAUACUUGGACCUAUUAAUAAAAUACUUCAAACUCAAGAUUUCGAUGUCAUUACUGCAACAGCAAUAAUAAAUCAAACUAAACCUAGGGUUAAAAAUAUGCGUGAAGAUAGUGCGUUUGAAAAAAUAAACAUUAAAGUCGAUAAUUUUAUUAGUGACUUGGAGUAUGAAAUUGAACCGCUAAAAAAUAAACGGUUAAAAAGAGUUCCAAAAAAGUCUGGAGAACUGAGCAUUGAUGAACCUAUAGUUGAACCUAUAAAAAAAUUCAGAAUAGAAACUUAUAACACACUCUUUGAUGUUACACUUACUGAAAUUAAUAGUCGUUUUAAUGUCAUUAGUUGUGGUGUGUUGAACGAUUUAUCACUUUUGACUGAGAAAAGGAUAAUGGAAGUAAGAGAAAGAAAUGUUUUACCAGAUGACUCAUUUUUAGUAUUUUGUCAAGUAUAUAAUAAAUUUGUUGAUAGAAAUGCUUUAAUAUCAGAAUACUUACAAUUUGUUGUUAAUUAUAAAGAAAUUGAAUCUACAAUUAAACUCAAAUCAAAUUUACACACAAUCAUCAAUGACAAUGAUUUAGACGAAGAUGGGAAUUCAGGCGAUGAGAAUUAUAUAGAUUUUAGUUUAUAUGACGAAGAAGAAGAUCAAACAUCAAAUUGCUCAAAACAGAAUUUAGCCAGUGUUGGAAAAUUAUUUAAACUUUUCUGUACAGCAUCACUUCAAAAUGUUUUUCCAAAUUUAUAUUUAACAUUGAAAAUAACUGUUACACUUCCCGUAUCUAGUUGUACAGUUGAGAGAUCAUUUUCUAAACUAAAAUUAAUAAAAACUAAGCUUCGUACAACUAUGUGUCAAGACAGAUUGGAGCAAAUGGUCAAAAUAAGUUGCGAACCUGAUAUAUCUCUUGAUAAAGAUAAAAUAAUAGAUAUAUUUGCAAGCAAGUCAACGCCACUCACUAAAUUAUUAAUUAUUUAA